CUCACUGGGAUCAGUUUAUCAGUUAUCAUUUAGCUCUCAGAGUUGUCACAUCAUCGAAAUUAUCUAUGUUAAUUUAUUAAUUCAGAUAAAAUAACAUCACCAUCAAACCUUUGAUUAUAAAUACUUGUUAAUUUUGUGGAAGUUUUUCAGUUCAAUUAAGUUUUCAUAGUGAUCAAAAUAUUAUGUUAUCCAGUCAACAACCAGGUAAAAGGAUGAAACGAAACUAUGGUGAUGACAUUUCAAGAGAUAUGGAAGAAGAAUGGAAAAAUAUUUAUACGAUGCUUAAUUGUAUCAUGGGAAUGGUAGAGAAGACAAAACGAGCCUUGGCUAUCCUACAACAUAGAAGUGUUGAAUAUGCAUCAAUCAAUUCUCCCCCUUUGUGGACUCCUCCAGGAACGGCUUUGAGGAAUCGGCUUAGUGCUGCACCUCCUCCAUUGGAUCCAUCUUCUCAUAAUGGAUUAGAUGUUCACGAAUUCAGGAUAUCUAGAGAGCCAUUGUUAACUACAAUUCAUUUUGCAAAAUCUCAAAAUCAUCCAUCUGAGGUCGACAGAGCCAUGGCUUCGGCUGCAGCCGCUGCAGCAGAUUCAGCAAGACGAACUAGAUUGGGGAGUAAUAAUAACCAUUUCGAGGUUGUCAAUGAUGCUAAAAGAGCGGCAGUAGUUGAACUCCAUAAAGCGAUGAGUGCGGCGGAAAGUAAAGCAAGUGAAAUCGUCGCUGCUGAACGAGCCAAAAUGGAAAGAAUGUUGAACGAAGCUCGACGCCAAGCUACCGAAGAUGCGAUCACUGCUAUGAAUCAUCAGGAAGAUUCUGACGAACAUUGUUGGAAUUGCGGGAGAAAAGCGAGUGAAACUUGUAGCGGUUGUAAUGUUGCUAGAUAUUGUGGUUCCUUUUGCCAGCACAAAGAUUGGGAAAAUCACCAUAAAGUUUGUGGAUCAUCAAAUCAUCGUGAAUCAGGAUCAGUAAUAAAUGGACACCAUGUAAAUGUGACAAGUUCGCGUAAUGAAGCAAAUUGUUCACCAUCAGCGUCACUACCCACCACGACGAUGGAUCUUAAGAAACCCAAAGAAUUAGCUAAUAGCCUGAAUGGUUCAGUCUCGAAUGGGUCAAGUCCGAUUGGGAAUGGAGGGUCAACUGUAAAUGGCGAUGUUAGUGAAUUAUCGGAAUAAUUUAUUUUGAUUCGAGGAAACGACCGUUUAUCAACAUAAAAACCAACGAUAAAACGUGAUAACUCUCGAUGACAGUGAACACACUCACUGUCACUCAAUUUUUUCAACCAUGAUGAUUUAUUGAUGAACCAGUUCCUUGAAUGCAAAACUAGUCAAAUUAUAAAUAAUAGUCAAAACGACGAGAGCAGAUGAAUUGAAUACAUUCUAAAUCUUCAUUUUAUCGAGAAAAUUAUUUUUAUCUUUAAAUUCCGCUCAUCGUCGUAACCACCAAUGUUUUAUAAUCUUUCACUAAACAAUGGAAUCAGUUAAAUUAUUAUCACCACCGAAUUCAUAAUCUGCAACAUGGAUUCAUCUUUUUCACUUGAAGCAUUUUACUCAAAAGUUUUUCUGUUGAAAUCACUCAAUUCAUGAUUUAGAUGCAAACUCGACUCAUCUUUUCACGAUUUAAUUUGAAAAGAUAACCAAAUCAUCUUAUAUGUUAAUCUAACACAAAUUCUCUAACUGCAAACAGAAUGGCCACUCUGCUACUGAUUGUGCGAUCUCAAUAUUCUAAUCUCAACUCCCUUCUUUCCUACUAUUUCCUAGAAUUUCUUCCUAUUUCUUUUAUAAUUGUUUCUCUAAUUCUCUUCCGCUAUGUUAAAUUUGUUCUAUUAAUAUUAAUAAGAUUGUAUAAAGAAUUGAUUGUAAAACAAAAAGAUUGUAUUACAAUUAAUCAAGUGCAAAGUGUAAUAAUUAACCGAAAACUAAAACAAUGAGAUGAAUAUUGACCAAUCAUCUCACCUCAUCUAAGCUAAGACCGAACAGAGAUAAUGUAACUUGAGGCUAGUCACCUGAUACUUCAUUUGAAAUUAUUGCUACAAGAUAUUAAUAGUAAAUGAAACAAUUAUCUAAAUAAAAUAUGUAAUAGAUUACC